UUCAUGGGUAAUGUAUUGCGCACGCAUGCCAUGUUUUUCAAGAGGAGAUAAUAAGAUUGUUGUGUACAAAAAUUGACUAUUCUAAAGAUAAAGAAUGGACUUGAAUCAUAGGAAUUGUGUUCCCGUUAUUGUUUAGGAUACACGCUUCGAUCUGAGAAGGAGUUUUACAACGGAGGUAUAUGAUUAAUGAUGCAAGAUUAAAAGGCAGCAUGAGCAGCAGACGGAAUAAAAUUCUCUUUCGGAAAAUCCUAGAUCUACCACUGAAGACGAAAGUGGUAUUCUUUUGAUUCGAAACGAUGGUACAAUCCAGCUGAAAGGCGACUCCAAAAUUCUUGGAGAGUAUCAUCUAAAACACCGACUCCUGGCAAGAGUAAAGCCUGAUGGUUCCAUGGGCGUUUUCAUGAUUCCGGAACAAGGUCCCAAUAAAGGAAAGAUGUUUGCUGUUUUGCCCAACGGACCGUCCGGAAAGGAGGGCAUUGGUUGGGAGCGUGUUAUGUCAGGUGGAAGUACUUACCUGAGGCCGGUGUUCAGAACUAUGACAGAUAAAAGGACAACACCCACAUCCUCAAAGUCCACCAAACCACAGCAGACGUCAAGUGACCCAAUUGUCAUAGAUCUGUGUGACGACUCUGAUGUUGUCGUGUCUCAAAAUAAUGAUGUUUCAAAAAAUGACAGUUCAAAAGUCAUACAGUCCCCAGCACCAACACCAGUGAUGUUGUUCACGAAAGACAGUGCAGCUAAAUUGAAUUCACGUUCAGUGAUUCUUACUCCAGUCUCACAGGUUGGAAGUAACCAAAAUAUGGGCAGUACUUCAAAAACUGUAACGUCCUCAUCAAGCACUAGCGGAAUAACACGGGGAGAAAAUCCUGCGGCUGUAAGUGUAAUGCUUAAAAAUGGUAAUCCAAACGUGCAAAAUCCCUCAAAGGAUUCCCAAGGUCUUGGAACUGUUCUUCAUAAUGUCAAACAGAGUGAAAACCUGAAACAAACAAUAGUGCAACCAACCAACCCAUCUGUUACAUUAACUACAGCUUUACCAAAUACAAAGAACAUCCAGAACAUGAAAUCAAUUAAUGUUUUGCCAUCGAGGUCAUCGUCUAGUGCAUCUGUACCAGAUAUUGCCUCAAUUGGGAGACAAGCGCCAACAAUACAGAGUAGCAGUGUUUCUUCUAGCACACAACAGCUUACUCGUGUGCAAGCAAUACCUUCUUCUGUGAAAGACCAAUUGCCUUCAGCGAAUACCGAGAAAAAUAUUGGAGUCAUGAUCGUAAAUGGUGGUUUUAAUAAUAUGGCACAGAUCCCAGGAGCGCAAUCUCUUCUACAAGGACAAUAUCGAGGUAUACCGAAUUCAGUUGGAUCUCAAACACCUUCAGCCACACUAAAUCAUGAAAGGUUACCGCCCAAUUCACAAUUUCUGCAACUGCCAAAUGUAGGUGUUCAAUGCAUUCCAUCUUCGUCGUCAGUGUUGACUUCAGCAUUGGCACAAACUCAAAAAAGAAAUGAAAUCUGUCAUACUCAGCCAGUGAUGGCAACAAAAGCUACUACUGUUAGCAAUUGUGUUUCACAGUCAUCCACAAAGACAAAUUUGGAAACCCGUGAAACUCCCAUACAAAUUAAUUCAGUAUUCUCACUUGCUCCCGUUGAUCCUAUCAGGCCUUGGCUCACGAACGGGAAAAACAUGCCACUGUCUGAAGUAGAUUUCUGGGCAGAUGCGAUUAAUCUAAAGAUAGCGGAUAAAAUAUUAAAUGACAAGCGAUUACGAAAAGGCUGUUCUGUUAUCCUCCAGCGUACAACCUCUCACCGACCUCGGAAAAUGCGAGGAUGUCGAUUUAAGGAUUCACAAUGCAAUGUUGCAUGUCGAAAAUUAUUUGUGAAGGGCCUCAUGAAAGAUCUUACACGAAAGAAACAUUUGAAGUUGAAAAGACGAAAGAUUUAUAAUUCGUUAAGUCUACAAAUAAGAAAGAAGGUGAAAGACACUACAAUCAUUGCAAAACCUCAAGAACAACCCAAACCUCAAGUGUCCUCUCAUCUUGUCCCGACACGAUUUAACAUACCACAGGUAACCCAAAGCGUUCCAGCUGCCCAGCCAACUAUACGUCAGAUUAACCCCACACCUUCUCUUGGUCAACCAGUCGAUAAACCACCUAUUCAGUGCCAAAACAAUCGAUUCUUACUGCUACGAAUGAAUGGUCAAAACGUCCUUGUCCCAAGUUCAACUAUCGGUGGUCAGUGUAUCAACUUCAGUCCAGUGGUUUCUACCACAGGGGGUAUGCCAAGGAAUGUAGUACCCAGCUUUGCAACAGCAUUGCAAGUAAAUGCGAUGCCACACACCAGAUCUCUAUUAGGGGCGCGUAUGAAUCUUUCCACAACUAAUUCUCUGACAUUAACUCGUCCAAAUGCACCCACUAUUCCUUCAUGUGUUGCUUCACUGCCUCAACUGAACUCUGUAAGUAAUGUCGUGUCUGGAGUAUCAGUCAACAAUGCUGUUCGUUCAUAUUUGUCUACAACCAGCAAUCUGUCUAGUAGUAACAUUCUGAAUAGCAAUGCACGUCCAUUGUUUCACCCUCAAAAUGCAUCAAUGAGAUUACCUGUUCCGUCUGUCGGCACAGCUCCAGGUCCCUCAGGAAUGAUGAACCAGGUUGCUCCAUAUCCGGUUGUCGUUAGACCAGCAAAUCUGGUUACCCAAUCAGCACCAUAUCCUGUUGUAGUUAGGGCAGUUAAUCCGUCCACAACUACAAGAACACUAGUGCAAAGUCAGUUGACCACCUUCUCGACAAUAAGACCUGUAGUUUCAACGGGGGUAAACACCACUGUUCAGAUUGUGCCCCCCGUGUCUUCUGUGACGUCAGUCCAUUCUUCACGGGCAGCUAUACCGACUACAACAACUACUCAAUCUAAUACGUCGUCAGUUGCAUCAGUUGUCGAUGAACCAGUUUCAAGUGUUGCGAAAUCGAAAGUAAAUAAGGGAACGAAAUAUUACUUCAUUCCCGGUGGAGUGAAAAUAAAAACAGAACCAAGGACAUCUGGUUACGGCGAUGAAGGAAAGAAAAAACACAAAAAGCAUAAACGUCCUCGAUCUCCAUCAGGUGAAGGUUCUGACGAUAGAACAGUUAAAAGACAGGAAGUUGACACGGAAGAAAACGCUUCUACUAAGAAUCUAUUGGACGACAUUCUCAAAGUGAGUAGCGAGACGGAUAUUGAAAAUCUAUCUAAAUCCGAGAUGAGUGCUGAAAGAAUUAAGCAAUUAAGAGAAAAGCUUACUGAAAAUCAACGAAAAUUAGAGGAAUAUCUCCGUCAAGUUGAUCAAUGAGAAAAUGACACUGUCGUUGUUGAGAAAAAAAUCGACUUGUAGUCUCAUUCAUUACGGAAGAAAAGCUUGUACAUGUGUUUGGUGUAUUCAUAGGUGAUAUUUUUCGUCACGAUUUUUUCGCAAGUGUAAACUGAUUUGAACGUUAUCAAUAUGAAUUUAACGUGUACAAGUGUAAACUGAUUUGAACGUUAUCAAUAUGAACGUAACGUGUACAAAUUUUGGUUUCAAUGUUGUUUUUAUCAGCAUCUUGUGUUAGGCAAACUGAGUUUAAUAUUAAAGUCUUUUUACACUUUG